AUGGCGACACCACUUGUCCGCAUCCUCAAUCCCCAAGCUCCAGGGGAUCGACAGCAGGCUGUUGCGGUGCCAUCUGCAGAGGCCCGUCUGUAUAGGGAGGAUAAGGGAAAGGCUUUUCCCGCACCUCCGGUGGAGCUGCUCAGUGAGGCCACUGCCAUGGCCAAAGCAGAGAAGCUCCUAAGAGCCAAGGGUACCCAUAAGCCCUCACGCCAGCAGUGCCUUGGAAAGCUGGUCUUGCCAUUUGGCAAGUAUUUGAAUGCACCCUUUCACUGGCUAGUGGAAAAUGACGUGGGCUACAUAAAGUUUCUGCUUGACAAGCAUAAACUUGAAUUGGAAGACCCACACCGGAAGGGAGAUGUGGGGAACCGGUGGGUAAAAGACUUCCUCACAGAUUAUGCAGAGAGCUUCCCACAAGUCUCCUGUCUCCUCGAGGCCAAUGUGGACAGGUGCAUCUAUGGCCAAAAGGGGUUUGAGAGCAGCACCUUUCAGGAGGUGUGGGAAGUGUAUGCCCAGUACCAAUCCCAAAAGGACAGCCCUGAGAAAUUCAGUGAUGUCCAGAGGGAAAGGAUACAGAAGGCACAUCGUUCUACGAGAAUGCAGGACUCAUCCUCGUGGCCAGGGGAUGAUGCUGACCUGGUAGCUGCAAGCCAGGCUGUGGAAGAAGAUAUGUUCAAGAGAAGGCCCAGAGAAGCUGCUUAUGGAUCUGGAGGCACUGCUGUCGGGCCCGAAGCUGCUGCUGUCCUUCCUGCUGCCGCCGCCCGGCCUGCUGCCGCCGCCCGGCCUGCUGCCGCCGCCCGGCCUGCCUCUGCCACCCGGGCUGCCUCUGCCACCCGGCCUGCCUCUGCCACCCGGCCUGCCUCUGCCGCCCGGGCUGCGUCUCCCACCCGGCCUGCCUCUGCCACCCGGGCUGCCUCUGCCACCCGGCUUGCCUCUGCCACCCGGGCUGCCUCUGCCACCCGGCCUGCUUCUGCCACCCGGGCUGCCUCUGCCACCCGGCCUGCUUCUGCCGCCCGGCCUGCUUCUGCCGCCCGGCCUGCUUCUGCCGCCCGGCCUGCUGCUUCUACUACUGCCGCCGCCGCCGCCGCCGCCAAAACCCCGGAAGUCACUCCUGUGCAGCCUGCGGUCCCUGCUGCUGACCCAGAUAUGUCCCCUUCGACAUCCACGGCUUGUGACGCAGAAGUCGAUCUAGAGGGCUGGGUGCGUUUGUGGGAGAACCCCGGAGGCAUCCCAUCUGCAGACAUAUCCUGGCUGAAAGAGGACACUGAGAGAGGGCUGUAUACCCCCGUACAGACCUACAAGGACAUUAGAGGUCAGAUUAGGAGGCGACGGGUGAUGAAAUCUGACCGUAUGUGGUUCUAUCCCCCGGAACCUCCUGGCUUUGUCGGGGGUGGUCUGCCUACUCCGCAAUUGUUCUUCAGGAGCCGGGUCUUUGUGUGGCGCCCUGUCGGCGUUUGGAGGUACUCGAUCAAGUGUCCGCGGGGAGAGAACUGUGUCGGCAGUGGAAGAAAUGUGCACCUCUCAAAGUUUGGCUACCACUCCAAGGUACGUCUCAUCUGCGAUGUGUCCUGUUGGUACACGGUCAUCACAGAGGUCCUGUCCUGCGGACCCUGUACCAAGGCAGCCAGGAGCAAAGAGGGUGUUUCAGUGGGCCGGUGGCUUGCGUGGGAUAACGCCAUCUUGUCCCAGCUCAGCGAGGCUCACCAAGCCAUCUUUCCUGCCGUGCUUACCACCAUGCGUGGCGUAGACAGGAAUGUGGUGCGCCUUUUCAGGGACAGGACCGAAGGGAACACUAUGGAGAAGGUGUGGCGGCAGGUACAGGAGAACCAUGUCGAGGAGUACCUCCAGCGCAAGGACCUGUACACCACCCUCCUGAUGACCAUAGCUGCACCCGGAGGGAUCGUCUCUGCAAUGAGGCAGACAUUCCAGGCUCCACCUGCCCAAAAACAGCUCCCCACAGCGCGGCUCUUGCGCCAUGCCUUCCUGCUGGCAGAGACGAACAAUGUGCAGGAUUACCGGAGCCAGAUCCUCUCCACUUUUGGCACGGUGAUGAAAAUGGAUUCCACCAAGAAAGUGGUGAAGAAGCUGUCUGGGCAGGGACGUGGCUCGGCCGAGUGGUUUACCAGCAUCUGCAACGAGUACUCCCAGAUUGUUUCUUUUGUGCUGACUUGCGAGGAGUCCGCACAGAAGCUGCAACCCAUGUGCCGUGGAGUCAUGGAAAGGUUCCGGCUGGCCAAUCAACCGGUCCCCAAGAUCCUCUACAUUGACCGUGGGUGUUGUCGCGCUCAGGGCCCUACCGCCGUGGAGACCAUGUUCCAGGAGUGGUUCGACGGUGGCAUGGUUGUGCGUCUGGACAUUUUCCACUGGAUCCACCGCUUUGACGCAGCCGUACGCACAGACUCCCACAGCAAGUACGCAGUGUUCAAGUCCGCUCUGGCCGGGGCAGUGUUGGCCUACAACCGCACGGAUCUGGAGCUGCUCAUCAAGGCCGUCAGAGCCAAGGACCCGGACACAUUUCGGUCCGUGUCGGAAGAGGAUGUCGUCCGCCUCUACGUAACGAGGGACCAGCUGCAGCACCACGUGCGGAGGGUCACGCUCGGAGCGCAGGAAACGUUCCGGCUCAUCCACCUGGCCAUCGAGGAGCUGAAGGGCCCGGCUGGGCUGGACCAGAGUGGAGUGAGCCUCUUUAAAACACCUGCAGCCAUUGAUGAGAUGUGGGUAGGGCAGCAGAGACACCUGGAGUGCAUCCAGGAUCCACCAGGGAUGAAUAUGUAUAGGGUGGCCCGUACCACAACGAUCAACGGUGUGGACCUGCCCUACUACAAGAGUCUGCGUGGAAGCAACAGCCUGGAGGGAUUCCACAAGUCUCUGCCCCACAUGAUCCAAGGUCCCCAUUGUGCAGCACGCCCUUAUCAGGUUUACCUGAUAAGUGGCAUCGCACGAUGGAACUGCGACAGGAGCUCCGACGCAGUGUUUGGUGGCAAGGGACGGCGUCACAGGACCUACUCGGCGCCUCUCAUCCACCGCCUCAACACCCGCUGUCAGCAGCUUUUUGGAGAGACUGUGGAGGAGAAUUUCCGGGCCCCCGCUGAGGUGGAUUCCCACGAGCUGCUGGGGUUGGAGUACCUUUUCAGCCAGAGCACUGGCGAAUCUGAAUCUGGCCCCUUUACACUGGACGACAUCAUCCACGAUGGCCCCGGUCCAGACGAGGAGGUGGUUCAGCCCGGGCAGCCCACUCCAGAUCCAGAGGCGGACGAGGCGUACCAGAGCGACGGGGACAACGAGGGAGACAACGUGCUGGAUGCCAUCCUGCCCCACAUCACACUCGUCACAGACGAAACCUCCAGUGUCAACCCGCCCGCUUUUGAGGAUGCCUGCAGUCAAAACCCUCUUCCCGGCUACCCGAGCUUGGAGAGGUUCUGCUCACUGCUGGUGGACAUUGGGCUCGUAGAGGACAAGCUGUCCCUCGUCACAGAGCAGAGGAACGCGAUCCUGGCUGCCUGGACUAAAGUGGAGGACCACGACAAACGGCAGCAGCAGUUCAACGAGCUAUACAGGACGCACUGGGGCAACACCCUGUACUGCCGCACGAAGCGCCACAACCUGGUCGAUGCUGCCGUCAUACAGCGUGUGAAGAUGGGCAUUCGUUAUGCACCGGCACAGCAAGACAUUAGCGCGCAGAACAAUAGGCUAAUGUACACGCUGGUUCGCGCACGAGCCCCGAGAAGACCACCGUCUUAAAGGCCUACGAGAGGAUCCAGCACCGGCUUUUGGUGGACGACCCGAUCCUUAGCAAAGCUGGCUUCCCUCUGCCAAAAAUAAACAUUAAGACGGUGCGGGACUUU